GUCAUUGCAAAGAACUUUGGAAGAAGAAGCAAUACCUAUAGAAAGCAACAGCAUGGACCCUGAGGAAUACAGGCAGAGAGGAAAAGAGAUGGUGGACUACAUCUGCCAAUACCUGACCAAUGUGAGGGACAGACAAGUGUAUCCCAAUGUUCAGCCAGGCUACAUGAAAGACCAGUUGCCGGACAGAGCCCCCUUUGAGCCAGAGAGCUGGGACACCAUCUUCAAAGACAUAGAGAAGAUCAUUAUGCCUGGGGUUGUCCACUGGCAGAGUCCACACAUGCAUGCCUACUUCCCAGCGCUCAACUCUUGGCCUUCACUCUUGGGGGACAUGCUGGCAGAUGCCAUCAAUUGCCUAGGAUUUACUUGGGCAUCCAGCCCUGCCUGCACAGAACUGGAAAUGAAUGUGAUGGACUGGUUGGCCAAAAUGUUGGGUCUCCCACAUACAUUCUUGCACUAUCACCCAGACAGCAAAGGUGGAGGAAUAUUGCAGAGUACUGUUAGUGAAUCAACCUUGAUCGCUCUUCUGACAGCAAGAAAGAAUAAAAUUCUAGAAAUGAAAGGAUCUGAGCCAGAUACAGAUGACUCUACUUUGAACUCUCGUCUUAUUGCUUACGCCUCAGAUCAGGCUCACUCCUCUGUUGAAAAGGCAGGCUUAAUUUCGCUUGUGAAGAUGAGAUUUCUGUCUGUUGACGAAAAUUUUUCUUUGAGAGGUGAAACCCUUAAAAAAGCCAUUGAAGAGGACAAAAGCCGUGGCCUGGUACCAAUUUUUGUUUGUGCAACUCUGGGUACAACUGGCGUCUGUGCUUUUGACAGUCUUUCGGAGCUGGGUCCGAUAUGUACUAAAGAGGGACUCUGGUUGCAUGUUGAUGCUGCAUACGCUGCCACAGCAUUUCUCUGCCCAGAAUUCAGAGUAUUUCUGAAUGGAAUUGAAUAUGCCGAUUCUUUCACCUUCAAUCCUUCCAAAUGGAUGAUGGUUCACUUUGAUUGCACAGCAUUUUGGGUCAAGGACAAAUACAAGCUACAGCAAACCUUCAGUGUUAAUCCCGUCUACCUCAGACAUCCCAAUUCAGGUUCAGCUACUGAUUUCAUGCACUGGCAAAUCCCCCUGAGCCGAAGGUUUCGCUCUUUGAAACUCUGGUUUGUGAUUCGUUCAUUUGGUGUGAAAAAGCUCCAAGACCAUGUCAGACAUGGUACAGAGAUGGCCAAAUAUUUUGAGUCACUGGUUAGAAGCGACCCUCUCUUUGAGAUUCCUGCCAAGAGACACCUGGGACUGGUUGUGUUUCGUUUAAAGGGUCCCAACUGGAAGACAGAAAAAGUCUUAAAAGAUGUAAACAAGUCGGGGAAGCUCUUUGUUAUUCCAGCAAUGCUCAGAGAGAAGUUAAUCAUUCGCUUCACUGUAACAUCUCAGUUUACAACCCAAGAGGACAUCUGGAAAGACUGGUCCCUCAUCCAGAAGGCUGCAGUGAAAGCUGUUAACCUGCAACAUAUGCCAAGGCCUGUUGGCAUCUCAGAGAAAGAUGACCAGGUCCUCAACAUGGUAACUAGCUCUAGUCCUAAAACAACGGGUGCCUUUUCCCCUUUUUGUUUAGAGAAAGAAGAAUGCAAACCAUCUCUAAGCAGGGUAACUGUGCAGCCGCGAAGAGGGUCUCUCAGUUCUCCCCCAUGGCUCUCUAAUGAAGAUGUCCCGGUGCCUGAGGAUCCAAACUUGGACAGCUGUUUUGUAGAAGAAGGCUCAAAUGCAACCAGCCACAAGCUUCCCUCAAGCGUAUUUAUCCAAAAGAAGAAAAAGACUGCCCGCUCCUUCAGUGUGCCAAUGGCUGACUUUGGAGAGUCAUGCCAUCUCAAGACAAUGGACUUAGACAGCUCUGGGAAGAGGGGACCUUGCACUAGUGAGAAAUUCCUUUCAAAAUUGCCUAAAGAGAUGUUGAUGCUGAAGAAAAGUGACCUCGAGAAACGACUGAAAUUUUACAGUGUGCCCAGUUUUCCAGAAUGCACCAUUCAGUGUGGCCUUCAGCUGCCAUGCUGCCCUCUACAAGCCAUUGUCUAGGAUGCCUUAGCCUUUAACACGACAAUAAGAAUCAGUCUGCCCAUUCUCAUGCAAUACAUUAAUCUAUGACCCUAAUAUAUUAAAUGAUAGUGUUAGUUUCAGAAGACUAUUUUUUAAAAAAACAAUCUGUAUAUUUAAAAUGUUUAAAAUAUAAAUAAACUAUUUAAUAUUGC